CCCCACCCUGCCUCUCUCUCAGCGGUCGCUGGCGGAAACAUCCACAAAAAGAAGAAGCGCGACUUCCUGCGGGGGAAGAGACGGAGAAGCGCGACUUUUUCUUCGGGACAUCCUCUCGCCUUUGACUGGGAACUCGAGUCCUUCGUCUUUUGUCUCUCUUCACUCUCCGCCUCGACACCACCGCGACGCCUCGGACAGCUGGAAAAGUCGGAAAAAGAGAAGAACGAGAAGAACGCACUGGUUCGUCCAAAGCCAGCACGGCGGAAGUUUUUUUGACGGAGAAGCUGAGGAAGAAAAGACCUUCGGACGACGUCAUAUUGUUCUCUCCCGAUUCCGACGUCAAAAAUCUGCUCUCCCUCCGUCGCUGCUCUUUUUCUCGAGGGUGCCUGCUCUUCUUGUGAAAAGAGCGUCGAGAUGCACACAGCUGUCUACGUCUGAAUCCGUUCAUCGGGUCGAUCGGAAGGACAAGCAUCGCGUCGGACAUCUCUCAGUCGUUCUUCCUUUAGCGCCUGACUUCUGCUUUCUCUGAUCUGCAGCUUCGAAGACGCACAGAAGACUCCGUUUCCUUUUUCCCCAUCGGGCGACGGGGGGAAGAACGGACCCGCGCCCCCCGAGAGCUGCUCUCGUUUUUCCUCUUCGGUGUUGCGCAUCACACUCGCUGUCUCCUCGUCUCGCCUCCUCUCUCCUCGAUCCGUCGGAUUCUCCUUUCCGUUCCUUCCCCUCCUUCCGUUCCUUCCCCUCCUUCCGUUCCUUCACUUCUCUCCUCUUUCUUUCGCUGCUUCUCCUCCCAGUCUCCUUUUCUCUGUCGCGGCGUCCUCUUCUCGCGCCUUCGCCUUCCCCUCGUGAGUUCCUCGCCGCCAUGCCGAAGGUCCGGCGAGCGCGCCAGAAGUUCCAUGACCUGCCGCCUCACUCGCGGCAUUUGGGCGGGGAUCCUCCAGAGGGCGGCGACGCGCUCGGCAUCGGCACACCGAGUUUCCUCGCGCAGUCCGAGCGCUCGCACUCGACAGAGAAGGCCGGCGCGGAGAACCAAGAGAGAAGAGCGCAGGCGUCGGUCGCUUCACUCCUGCGCGGCGUCGGUCGAGGAGGCCGGGAAGCUGCUGUGAGUCGAGAGAAAAUCGGAGCGACGCUCGACCAGUCCUUCUCGGGGCUGUCGAAGGGACAGCGACGGCGGCUGGCCAAGCGUGAGGCAUGGCUCAGGAAAUUCGACUUUGUGGGUUACGCGAGAGCAGUCGAGUCCAAGAAAAAGGAGGAAGAGGCUCGCGCACAGCCGCUGUUCAACUUCGAGGCGAUUCGCGGACAACUGGAAGUGAUCGGCGCGGAGAAAAGGCGCAGCGCGGACGCGGGUGCCACCGCGGGCGCCGUCUCUGCUCCCGAAAGAAGGGGGAAGAUUUCCAGAAAAACGCAUCAGCGAGUUGCGCGACGCGAACUGCAGCAGUUCGACGCGGUGCUGAACUUCCCUGCGUUCCGCGAAAGUCCACUGGCCGCCCUCAAACUCCACAUUGAGAACUCCCUCAGCCUCCAGCGUCUCCACGCGGAAGAGACCGGAGAAACAGAAGGCAGCCGAAGAAAGAAGUCCGCAGAGCGGGGAAAGACCUCAGACGCUGCGCGCGAGACUCUGCGGUAGUGCAGGCUGUCUCACUGUCUCUCUCGGUGUCUAUCUCUCUCUCUUUCUCUGUGGUUCUCUCUCUCUCUUUCUCUCUCUGUGGUUAUCUCUCUUUCUGUGGUUCUCUCUCUUUCUCUGUGUGUGUCUGUGAUGACCCGGUGGUCUGACAAAGAACUUCUCGGAAAGAGGUGACGAACGUUUGAAGCGUUUCUGUCGAGCGGGCGUCGAGCGCAGAAGGGAUCGCCGCGCUAAGUCUCUGUCGCUCUCAGUUCUUUGCGUCUUUUCACCGAGCAGCCUUGGGCGAAAGAACGCGGACGCGCGCCGCACAGGUCAAACACACAGUUGGCUCGCAGCUCCACGCCAGAUGCCGAGGCUCAGCAUCAAGGUCCGAGUCCGUUUCCACUUCCAUCUCAGCAUUCACUCUGCACAAAUUGGGGUCCAAACCGGCAAAUGCAUGCCAGAACUUGCCGACUGCCUCGAAAACUCAGAGUUGCACACACACAAACAC